AUAAACUUCUGAAGAUCCUCCUCCUCUCACACACUCUCAGAAGGAAGCAGAUACACAACACUACCAGUCAGCUCAGUUUGCGGUUUCAAGAGGUUUCUGUGAGAGAAAAAAAUGACCUCUCCGGCUACUCACUAUAAAAAACAGCAUUACUCCCACCUAAAGAAGGACUGCCUAGACAACAAGAAGCUGUUUGAGGACCCAGAGUUUCCUGUCACCAAUGCGUCUCUGUUCUACAAUAAUUCACCUCAUGGUCGUGUUGUGUGGAAGAGACCUGGGGAGAUCAGCGAUGAUCCUCACCUGUUUGUGGAGGGCAUCAGCUCCCACGACCUGAACCAGGGAGAUCUGGGUAACUGCUGGUUUGUGGCGGCCUGUUCCUGCUUGGCUCUGAAGCCAGACCUCUGGCCAAAGGUGAUUCCUGACUGGAAGGAGCAGGAGUGGGAUACCAAACACCCAGAGCGCUAUGCUGGCAUCUUCCACUUCCAGUUCUGGGUGUUUGGUGAGUGGAUGGAUGUGGUGGUGGAUGACCAACUGCCCACCAUCGAUGGAAAACUCAUCUACUGCCACUCCAACGUCAAAAACGAGUUCUGGAGUGCCCUUCUGGAGAAGGCUUAUGCCAAACUGUCUGGCUGCUAUGAGUCUCUGGACGGAGGCAACACGGCGGACGCCGUGGUGGACUUCAGCGGAGCCGUGGCGGAGACCAUCGAUCUGGAGACAGACUUCCACAGCGACAAGAAAAAGCAGGAUAAACUGUUCCGGGACCUGCUGAGAGUCUACAACCGGGAUGGUAUCAUCUGUAGCUCCAUAAAGGCAGCAAGUCAUGAAAUUGAAGCGAGGAUGUCUUGCAGGCUGGUGAAGGGUCAUGCCUACGCAGUGACUGCGAUGAAGAAGGUGCAUUUGGAAAAAGAGGGCCAGGCCGUUCCCCUGAUCCGCAUGAGAAACCCCUGGGGCAGGACCGAGUGGAACGGAGCCUGGAGCGACAGCUCAGCAGAAUGGAAGAAUGUUGGAAGCGUGGAGAGAAACAAGCUCGGCAUCACUGUACAGGAUGAUGGGGAGUUUUGGAUGUCGUUCGCUGACUGGUGUAAGUACUUCACAUUCGCAGAUGUGUGUCACGUCAUCAACACCUCCUUGGACGGUAUCGACAAGACAUGGAAGGAGGUGGUGCAUUUUGGUAGCUGGACCAAACACGCGGAGCCACUGAAGAAUCGAUGUGGUGGCUGCAUAAACAACAAACAGACCUUCUUGCAGAACCCACAGUACAAGUUGGACGUGACCGAGGAGAUGGCUAAGGUCCGGAUCUCCCUGCAGCAGAGAGACAUGAAGAUCCACAGGAUGAUCGGCCAAGGAGAGAACCUCAGCAUCGGCUUUACCAUCCUCAAGAUGGAACGCAACAGGAAACAUCGCAUACAUCACUUCACCCCCGAGGAAAACGUGGACAGGUCAGAGUUCAUCAAAGUUCGUACGGUGUUCAGGAGGUGCAUGUUGCCCAAGGGUCGUUACGUCAUCAUCCCCUCCACCUUCAAGCCAGAGAAACUGGGAGACUUCAUGCUACGUGUUUUCACUGACACAGAGUCAGGAUGCAGAGAGCUGCUGGAGCCUGUCGUAAGGAAUUAGAACACUCAACAUCGAAGAACGUUUGGAACUGAAUCGUGUUCUGAACUGUAGAUAAUCAGCUGUCUCUGUUAAGUUCUCUCUUGCUCUCUGUGGGUAUACUAUGACAUUUCUGAGUCUCUUCAGGAUUCGCUUUGGGUUUAGCAUCAGUUCAACAUUUUAUUACCCCGAUAAUCUAAUCAUUAUCGUGUCAUGUUAUUAUUAGCUUUUAUUAAAUCCACAAUUUAAUUCUGAUUGAGCUUUUUGAGGGUCUGCUAAGUGUUCUCAAGAAUGAUUGCCUUUCUCACCCAUGUGAUGAUUGAUUUAUUGUCAUUGUGUCAAAAGUCUGUACGCAGUGGGAUCCUUGGGCUGCUGGCUAACGAGACACUAACACGCUUCCCAAGGCUCUGCCUUAACAGACGUGAACACAUGGUACAACUCUAUAUAGGGCCUGGGGUCUCGAUGAUCAGAGGGAUGACCAGAUGCCUGCGUCAUUCACCUGCGUCUGGUCACCUCUAAUCUCCCUGACAUGUGACCUGUGUGAAACUACUCCCCCUUCUGACAGUAUGCAGAGCAGCUCAUCUCUGUAGUAAGGCUGUGUCUUUGGUUUCCUCAUCACACAUAGGUGGGAGGAGUUUACAAAGCAGUGAUACAUACCUUUUAACUGCUCUUUUACCCCAGCUGUAAAUACUGUAAUGUUCUCAUUCCAAUACUGGUGCUUUUUAUUUUGAAAGAUUAUUAAAUGGAUGAACUGACAAUGUUCUGAUUAUG